GUACAGCGCCGGGCGGCAAGGAGCGGGAUCGAGGGGCGAUAUCCCGGAGCGGGCCGCCUCGCUCCGCCGGCCCAGCGCCCCGCUCCCGGCGCUGAAGCGGAGGCGGGGUCGCUCGCGGUGCCGUGGCGGCGGGGCCGAUGCCGCUAGCGGUCGGUGCCCUGCCUCGGGCGGUGGCCGUGCUCUCGUUCUCCGUCCUGCUGAGCGCCCGGGGCGCUGCCCAGCGUCCUCCGGCCCACAGUAAUUUAUCUGCAAGUUGUUGGUCUCGUCUUCAUCCUGUAAACAUGUUCAACAGCUAUAAUGCGAAAUUCCACCACAGCAAAGCUCUCACCUCCCCAUAUCCAGGAUCACACAUUGAACGUAGCCAAGUUCCUGAAGAUAAAGUGGGCUGGCUGACUGAGUGGAAAGAUUAUAACCCUGUGGAGUACACUGCAAAGUCUGUUUUGGCCAGACCCAAUUGGGCAGAUCCCCAAAUCAGCGAUGAAGGCUUUUCUCCCAAAUUCAAUGAGAGAGAUGGAGAAGUGGAGAGGAAGAGUCUGAAUGGCUUGUAUGUGGUCAAAAAUGGGAGACCCUGCAAUCCAGUGGGAAGGACUGGCCUCACUGGCAGAGGAUUGUUGGGGCGGUGGGGACCAAACCAUGCCGCUGAUCCUGUUGUAACCAGGUGGAAAAGGGACGGAAGCGGCAGUAAAGUUGCUCAUCCAGUUUCUGGAAAGAACAUCUUGCAGUUUGUAGCCAUCAAGAGGAGAGACUGUGGGGAGUGGGCCAUUCCAGGGGGGAUGGUGGACCCAGGGGAGAAGAUCACUGCCACCCUGAAGCGAGAAUUUGAGGAGGAGGCCUUGAACUCUCUGCAGAAAUCCCCUGAGGAGAAAGCAAAAUUGGAGAAGCAGCUCCAGAAGCUGUUCAGCCAGGAACACUUAGUGGUGUACAGAGGAUAUGUGGAUGACCCUCGUAACACUGAUAAUGCCUGGAUAGAGACAGAGGUUGUGAACUAUCAUGAUGAAACAGGUGAGACAAUGGACAACUUACCUCUGGAAGCAGGUGAUGAUGCUGGAGUGGUGAAGUGGGUUGACAUCAGUGAGAAGCUUGAGCUGUAUGCAAGUCACAGCUACUUCAUCAAGCUGGUGACUGAGAAACAGGGAGCCCACUGGAGUGAGGAUCCUGACUUUGAGUGCCACGAGUGAUGGAAACUUGGAACUAAAAGACUUCAAGAGAAGAAUACAUUUUCCAGCCUCGAAACAGAUGUCCUUGUCAUCGUCAGUGAAAAUUCUGUUAAAUUCAGCUGGGAAGAACACUGGACAGUGAUAAACAGAGGCUUUUCUAGAGACUUCAGAUUGCUUUUUUUGAUUUCUUAGCUAGUGCGAAAUGAGAAGAAUGUGGAGCUCUCGCUUAACUUCCUUGUCUUCAUUAUUUGCAGCUGUUUCACAGUGUUCUCUGCAUGGCAGCACUGGCAUUCUGACUGGUGGUAGUUCACAGGCUCUAUAUUUUUGCACUGAUUCCUUUUCAGGAGUAUGAAUCCCUAAGGAAUGAGAGACUUGGAUAACCUGAGUAAUGACUUAAAUUAAGUGCUGCAUAAUAAAGUGAAGUUUCUUUUCUGAAUCCUUUCACUUAACAUAUCAUUGCAGUGAUUUUCUAUUUUGAGAGAUUAGUUUUUCACAUUUAAUUACUUUUUAGUUCACAGUAUGGCUGGGAUUCAUAUCUGUGUGUGACUGAAUGUGUGACUGUGCCUCUGCAUCAAAAGAAAACUGAUGGAAAAUUAAACUUUGUGACAGAUUGA